AAACUGGUGAGGAACUUCCUGCUGAGCUCCAGGAGUCUCCCCGGGACAAGAGGAAUGGGACACGGUGUAUUUGUGGGCUUUUGGACGUUGGUUUGUGAGAUGGGGAUUUAGUUGCGGUGUUUGUUUGCAUCAGACUGGAGGGAUUCACCAAGCACGUGCACCCCACGUGUGGCCCCAGCAUUGACGAUGCAGGAGUGGUGUCACCACUCGGUGCUUCUAUCCCUGAGGCUGAAAAUCCCUGCUAAGGGCAGGGUCCUUCCCACUGCUCCUGCCUCAUCCUUGCAGCAUAACAGCAGCCUGGUGACGGAGAUGGGCUGUGGUGUCACACCGUCCUCCCCACGCUACACUAAGCCUCUUAGGGGCUUCUCUGUGACCGCUGUCUGGAUGGGCCGGGGUUUUUUCCAGCCCUUUCCCGAUGCUGUAGGAUUUGCUGGGUGCAGGGGGGAGCGUGCAGCUGGAGCACGUGGGCUCUGCAAUGUCCCAUGAAGGGCAGCUCCUCACAGUGCUGCUUCUUCCUCAUUCAUCUCUGCCUUAAAACUCCUUAAACUUCACCUUGAGGCGUCACCUCGGCAAAUCCUGCCCAGCAGAGCACAUCCUUGGCCUGAUGACAUGCAGAAACUCACCCCAUCCAGCCAGUGCACUGAGUGCCACCAGGAGUGGCUCCUGAGUGGCAUUUGCUAAUGAAGCUGAGUCUAGAAGCAUUAAUUAACAACAGGGCACUGGCCCUUGCUGUAAAGGAGUCCGGUUCUGCCAGCUUCAUACAAAACACCUCUGGAUCCAUGUAAUCCUAUUUGCUGAAAUCUAACUAAUUGCCAUUAGUGGAAGGGGCUGAAGUUCAAUUAAAGUGUGCUGAGAUUAUACCUUUUUGUAAUUGCUUUAGUGCUGGGAUUACAGGAGGCUUUGGAGUGACACUCCCAAGCAGCAGGGCAGGUGGGCAGUGGGCCACUUCCACCACAUUUUGGGCUGAUGAAGCAGAGCCUGCAGCGCCCUCAGAUUGUCUGUGCUCAGGUGUCCUCAGUGACACGUGACAUGAGCUGGUGACCCUCAUGUUUUGUGAUCCUGAUUGGAAUGGAGACAGGGAUGGUGUGGGCACUGUGCGUGGUGUCAGCGCCAUUAUGAAGCGCUGCCCUGAGCGCUCUGCUGGCUGUGGUCCCAUCCCUGUCCCCGUGGUGCAGUGGCUCGAGGCAUAGGGGUGUCCCUCGCAGGGAGGAUGCAGGACAUCCCCAUGGGUGCUCUGCAGCUGUUCCUUGCUCCCUGCUCCAAGACUAUGCUCUGUGGGGUGAGGCAGCAGUGCCAACACACAGCCCAUCCCCGUGGUGUUAAUCCUGACACCCCCUCCCCAUGCACGCACAUACUCCCACUCUCCUCCCCAAAGGCAAUGGGGGAAGGACACUAGAUUACCCAUUUGAGAAGAAGGGACUUAAUCCUAUUAUCCCCGAAGAGGAUAAAUCUGCCAGCCCCCAGCCGCCACCCAGAGCACUUGGAGGACGUGUGGAGCGGGUUGCAGGGAGUCAUUUGGAGCAGCACUGGCCUUGGGGACGGUGUGAGGAACCACCCCGUGUCAGCGCCAGAGCCACAGGCACAGCUGUGACGCAGGGCAGGCUGCUAGCCCUGCUACAGCCAUGAGCUUGGAGCCCCACAAACCGGAGCUCAAGUCAGCUACCAGGGUGACUGGCGGACCUGCCACCCCCCGGAAAGGACCACCUAAGUUCAAGCAGAGGCAGACACGGCAAUUCAAGAGCAAGCCACCCAAAAAAGGAGUGCAGGGGUUUGGCGAUGACAUCCCAGGCAUGGAGGGGCUAGGAACAGAUAUCACCGUGAUUUGCCCUUGGGAAGCCUUCAGCCACCUGGAGCUGCACGAGCUGGCCCAGUAUGGUAUCAUCUAGGCUGGCUAUCGUCACAACCACCUGUCCUAUAGCAGUGCUUUUUUUAGAAACUGCCCCAUCCACAUAGUGGGGCAUAGCUUGGAGAAACACUCAUUAAAACCUGAAAUAAA